AUGACCUCGACCAAGCAGCCCACGCGCCAGACAAUCAAGCGCCGCAACGACCGCCGCCUCGCAGACGACAAGGCUGGCUUCCAGCGCUGCCGCUACAAGACGGGCACGUGCACGAACGAGCGCGCUCGCAAGCCCAACGACAUGUACCACUCGCUCUGCGAGAAGCACCGCCUCCUCCACAACUUUAACCAGCGCAACUUUGACCGCAAGAAGCGCGCAAUCCGCAAACUGCUCGAGGAAGAGGACACGCCAUCGAGCCCUUCGUCGUCGGUAUCGACGUCGACCGACGACGACGACCUCGAGGUCGCGGUCAACUUUGAGCCGCUCAUGUACCCGCAGAGCCACGUUGCGGCGCCGCGCUGGACGGACGAGGACUUGUAUAUCCUCAAGGCGUUCCUCAACUAG